CGUGAAGAAGAUGAAGCGGACGUUAACAGGAAGUGCUUGUGUGUUUGGGGACGUCAACACUUUUCCUCGAGCACUUUUGAUCGUUUUUCCUCUUCUUUCGCCUCCUCUGUGAGCUGUUUGAUGGAGCAGCGGCGGGGAAAUCAUCACUGAGCAUCGUUACCGACCAAACGAAUCAAGAGAGAGUUUGGGGACAGGUUGGGCUUCAUGUUUGAUGAUGAUAAUGGCAGCAGCAGCAAGCAACGAGAGUCCUAACAAAAGCACUGAAGAUAAAACAUCCGCCCGAAGACAGAAUGAAGUCAACAAGAAGUUGAAGUACAUCAGUUUGGCGAUUCUGGUGAUCCAGAAUGCAUCGCUCAUCCUCAGCAUCCGUUACGUGCGGACAUUGCCAGGAGAUCAUUUCUACACCACAUCAGCCGUGGUGAUGGCCGAAGUUCUUAAAGUCCUCACCUGUGUGGUCAUCAUCCUGAUAGAGAAGAGAGGUAAUGUGAAGUCCUUCGUAUCGUUGUUGUAUGACUCUCUAGUCGUACAGUAUUUGGACACGCUGAAGUUAGCAGUUCCGUCACUCAUCUACACGUUACAGAACAACCUGCAGUAUGUGGCCAUUUCUAAUUUACCAGCAGCCACUUUCCAGGUCACAUAUCAGCUGAAGAUCUUGACCACAGCGUUGUUUUCAGUGCUCAUGCUGCGCAAGAGUCUGUCGAAAAUCCAGUGGAUCUCUCUAGUGCUGCUGUUUGCCGGUGUAGCGAUCGUCCAGGUGGAGCAGGAGGGCGGAAAACAGAAGGAGGCUGUGACCAGCGCCAACCAGAACUACUUCAAGGGCCUGGUGUCUGUGAUCAUUUCUUGCUUAUCCUCCGGGUUUGCUGGCGUUUACUUUGAGAAGAUCUUGAAGGGCAGCUCUGCCUCGGUAUGGAUAAGAAACAUCCAGCUCGGGAUCUUCGGGACUCUUUUGGGUCUCCUUGGGAUGUUGUGGAACGAUGGAGCCGCCAUUGCUGAGAAAGGCUUCCUGUUUGGCUACACGCCCAUGGUGUGGGGCGUCAUCUUCAACCAGGCCUUCGGCGGCCUCCUGGUAGCUGUUGUUGUAAAAUACGCAGACAACAUUCUCAAAGGCUUCGCCACGUCUUUUUCCAUCAUCGUGUCCACGAUCACAUCCGUCUACCUCUUCGGCUUCCACGUGGACCUGAUCUUCACGCUGGGUGCAGGAUUGGUCAUUGGAGCCGUCUACAUGUACAGUCUCCCCAAACCUAGCACUAGCACUUCCAGCACCAGCACAUCUUCAUCUAGUCACAGCAUAGGAGGAGAUUCGAAGCUGGAUGCUUUCCUCCCAAAUCCCAAGGCUCCAGGAAAGAAGAAAGGAAUCUGAAGAAACGAGAUACAUGAGAAAAAAUGAUAAGAACACAUUGUGCCUACAGGUCCUACACUCCUGCCCUAUUUCCACAGGAAAAGAUGGUUAUAUUUCAAGAGCAUUAUUAUUUUCACAAUGUUAAACUCAUUUGCUUCUAAGCUAAACUGUGCUGACUUUUUCAUGGUACCUCAUAUUUAUUCUGUUGCCUUAUUAUUAUUGUGCAUUUGAUAUUGUGAAUGCCUGAAGUUAUAAUACUAAUCUAAACAGAUUUUGAAUGCUGGAACUGAACAAAUGAAUUGGAAAUCCUCAUUGUACUUGGAAUUCAAAAGCUGCUGCCUUAUAAUGAAAUAAUUUCUAGGCAUUCUUAGUAUGUUUUUUUUAAGUGUUUUGUCAUAUUGUGUUUUCAUUAAUACUUUUUUUGUAGUACCUUAUACAUUUAAUCUGUUUUAUGUGUGAGAGUAUCACAUAUACAUAUACAAGUCAAGCAAACAUUUUUUCCAAAGCGCACUUUCAAAUGUAAACUCAUUUAUGUUAUAUAGCCAAUGUCAAUAAACCUUAGUCCAUCUCUUUAGAUGCCAAAAACUGCAUUUCUGACCUAAACACAUUGUGUAAGAGGGUAGUCCCUGUGUUCUUUUUGCACGUUUUGUUUUAUUAUAUCUAUAUUUGUAUUGUCUGAGCAGUGAAAUGUGAAAAGCAUUGGGCUCUUGAGAAUAUUGACAUGUCACUUUUCAAGAGAGCAGAUCUAAAACUUAACUAAAUGUUUAAUCUUGUCAGAAGAUAUAUAAUUAUUGUAUUCAUGUAUGGAAUAAACCUGGUUUUGAA